AAGUUCGUUCAGUCUUACCGUUUCAGUUUCACUCGAGGCUCGGUCUGAAAUCGUGCGCGUCUAACUUGGUGUUCUCAGUUCCCGAAUUCUCUCAUCGUAACGCGACGUUCGAUCCCGACAUCGCGAGAUCUGCCCCGUUUUCCCCGAAACGAACGGCUCGUCGUGUCAACGUUCUCCCUCGAGUCGGGGGAGGCUCUUUCCAGGCGGGAGAAAGGAAAUCGUUUGUUUCUUCAUUUCUCGCGACCGACGCCGGUUGGAGAGAAAGGGGAUCAACUUUCGCAGAUAAGAGGUAAUGGGAUACGACACAGAAAUGGAUGGCUGCGGACGAUUCAUGAAAUACUCCCUGUUCUUCACGAACUUUGUCAUCUUCAUUGGCGGGCUUGUUGUAACGGGUUUGGGUGUGUGGGCCCUGGUCGACAAAGUACCAUGGAUAGGUGAACUCGUGGGGAACGAUCUAUUAACCGGUGCAGUCUACGUUCUACUGGUCGGUGGUAUCGUCGUGGCGUUUAUCGCUUUCUUCGGGUGCGUCGGUGCAUCGCGGGAAGUCAAGUGUAUGCUUCUGACAUACUUCAUAAUCGUAUUUUUGCUGUUUGUGACUAUGCUCAUCGGUGGCGUCCUCGGAUACGUUUUCCGCGAGAAAUUGCUGAGCACGGUCGACAGAGAGAUGAAAAGUUCGCUCCGUCUUUACGAUCACCGUAAAUCCAUUCGUGACGCCUGGGACACCACACAGUCGACGCUCCACUGUUGCGGCGUUAACAGCUGGAGGGACUGGGGAGGCUACGGUCUUAACGUGCCAGAGAGCUGCUGCCGAGAAAUUCAACCUGGACAGCGAUUCCACUGCAACGCCGGCCCGGACACGGUAAAUCCCUCUAACGCUUACGUGGAAGGUUGCAUCAACGGAACGCGAGUCUACCUGCAGCAACACGCGGCCGUUAUGGGUGGUGCUGGUAUUGCAGUCGCAUGUCUCAUGUUUUUCGGAAUGAUAUUCUCUUGCGCGCUCUUCAAGCUGAUCAAAUGACAGCAGGACAGCAGUAUAGUGUGAGGCUAUCCCAAUACAAAGAAACGAAGAAGUGGGUGAGCUUCCAAAAUUUCUUCAGAGGAUUCGCGCAUAAUCUUACCAAUCAAUAAAAUUACUUGUCGCCAUAAACGCAGUUGAUUACAGAAAGUGAUAAUCAAAAGAAACGAAUCUCCAUCCAAUUGUACAGGUCUCUCGCUGAUUUGUUACACAUAUGUAGCAUUAUGCAUCAUGAUUACCAUUACUCUUUAUAUUUUUAAUGUAAUUUAUAUGUCAAAGAUAUCUUCAUUUAGUGUUGCAUAUAUAUAUCGCUAGUAUGCUAGUGCAUCAUACAUGUCUUUGUAUUUUGUGCCGUAAUAAAUACAAUAUGUAUAUAAUA